UGUUCGUUUAACAACCCCUUCCCCUCCUCUUUCCUCAGAAAACAUAACUGACAAAACCAAACAAUUUACGAAGAAACUUUUGUAAUAAAACUUAUUUCUUUAUAUAGUGUUAACAAUGUGAUAAGAAUUUAGCUAAGCUUUCUAUCAUUUACGUGGUUUUGAGUGCCGUUUAACUGUUAAGUUCAUACCAAAAAAAACAAUAAAUUAGUAAUAACAUAAUGUCGGGUGCAAGUACAAGCACAACCGCCCAAAGUCCUCCGGCUAUUGCCUCAAUAAACGAUGUCAGUGCUUUAUUUCAAACAGCAAAGAAGUAUGAAGAACUGAACGUUAUAGGAACAGGUGCCUAUGGUACAGUGUAUAAAGCCAGAGAUCUGCACAAUGGAGGUCAGAUUGUGGCCAUGAAAAAGGUUAAAGUAGCGCUAACAGAAGAUGGCAUACCUCUUUCUACAUUAAGAGAAAUUGCGCUAUUGAGACAGCUAGAAGCAUAUAGACAUCCAAACAUAGUUCGUUUGCUAGAUGUAUGUCAUGGUGGUCAGUCAGUAGACCGUGAUCAUCAAUUGGUGCUGUUCCUUGUCUUCGAACAUGUAGAACAGGAUCUGGAGUUGUACUUAAAGAAAGCACCGGGACCACUCUCCGAGAACAGAAUAAGGAGUAUGUCCUACGACAUUCUAUGCGGUGUUGAUUUCCUCCAUUCGCACCGCAUCGUGCACCGCGACUUGAAGCCACACAACUUGCUGGUGACGGCCGCAGGUCGAGUCAAACUGGCUGACUUUGGCCUCGCCAAGACCUAUGAUACUGAAAUGAAGCUCACCAGUGUAGUGGUGACACUCUGGUACCGUCCACCAGAGGUGCUACUUGGCGUAUCGUAUAACACUGCGGUAGAUGUGUGGUCAUGCGGCUGCGUGCUGGCUCAGCUCCACACCAGGUCGCCCCUCCUGCCAGGCUCCUCCGACUCCGACCAGCUGCAUUGUAUAUUCAGACUGAUAGGCAGGCCGCCGCGUCAGGAGUGGCCUGACAAUGUGUCAGUAGUUGCUGACAGUUUCCCCCCCUACCCUGCCCGUGACCUGGCUGACAUACUGCCCCGGGCACAUCCCAACGCUGUUAACAUGAUUAAGGGUAUGCUUGUAUUCGAUCCUGCGAAACGUCUGACAGCACUGGACUGUCUGGAACAUCCAUACUUCACAGAGGAACCACUCACGUAGACCCCUCGAUUGGGGGGUCAUUGCCACUUUCAAGGGGUCAAUGUA